AUGGCCCUGGCAGAUAUAUUUCUAACAAUGUAUAUGCCUCGUAUGAUAGCUCUUACUUACGUGGGAUACGAAUGGCAGGUUGACAACCUACUAGGGGAGAUAACCUGCAGAAUUUCAACCCUGCUAAACUACGCUUGGAUGACUGCCUCGAUUCUCACUGUCGUAGCGAUCAGUUUCGAUCGUUUUUUAGCUGUUGUAUUCCCAUUACGACCGUCGCUUCUCACAAUUCCAAGAACCAAGGGGAUCAUAUUUUUCAUAUGGCUCUCGGCUAUUGCUUUUCGAGCCCCUAUGGCAUAUUCAGCGAGCUUAAACAGCUUGAACGGAAAACCACAUUGUUACAUUGCCUUGCAUGAGACAUUCGGUGAUGAAACUAAAAAAAUUUACUACUUCCUAAAUCUUUUCAGCUUUUUUUUAAUACCAUUCCUAUUCAUUUUAAUUUUAUACACAGCCAUAUUGAUAACUCUCAAGAAACGAAAACCACCUCAAGUUGACACCACUCUGAGGAUAAACCCAUGGCAGCAGCAUAAAGAGGAAACUACAAAAAAGGUCCUACAGCUGGCAAUAGCUGUUGUGAUAGCAUUCGUACUUUGUUGGCUUUUGUACUUCAUUCGUCUUAUUUUGUACUCCUACAACGUCGAUGUUUCAUGCAAUGUUUUAUUUGUGCACCUUUUUCUCGCCCAUUCUAACAGCGCCUUUAAUCCUUGCCUUUACGUGGUAUUCAGCGAGAGUUAUCGUCACGGUGUCAAAAACAUCAUCUCACAGUUUAUUCCGCAAUGUUACUGGACAAAAAGUUAUGUUUUACCGUCGUCGACCUCAGUGGCAAACUCUAAAGCUAUUUAUGAAGAACCAACCGACGGAGAAUUACCCCAUCAACCAAAUUGUAAGGGAGAGAGUGCAAGGAUCCCUGAAAUAGCAAUAGACUAUUCCACCAUUUGCGACUAAGACGCAGUGUAAACAAACGCCAUCGUCGCCAAUUGUGGGAAAACGCGAGUUACCGAGUCAUGACCAGUUUUGAUUAUAUAACAGAACUUUGGCUGACCAUGAAAACUGGGAAGAGCUCAGCCAAGAACGGAAGUUAGCUUAUUACGGCUUAUCCCUCGGUAUUUCAUUGGGCUGUUACCUGUUCAUACCCCUCGAUGGAGAGAGGAACUGUUAGAAUGAAAUGACUUGCUCAAGAGUGCCGACUCUAAUCCGAGUGUACGCUGUGUUUGACUUAAAAAGGAAACCCACGCUGCUGACAACCAAUCAGACGCUAAGCUUACAGAAAUCAAGAUUUCUAUUCAUCACUCUGUUGUCUGCACGAAUGGUUACUAUCCGCAUUCGAUUUUACGAUCCUCAAUUCACAACUGCUUGAUUACAAUGUGCAGUACAAAAAUCAAGAUGGUAACCACGGGAAUCUGGUGUUCAAUAAAACUCGUUACCUAGUAAACUAAACUUAAGAACGGGAAAGCUUUCUUUGGUCAGUUCAAUAAGAAAUAUGCACAAAAAAGACGAACGCAUUCAUAAAAUGAACUGUGAUGAUGAUUCUUUACCAAAUUGAAUUACUGACAAAAUACAUUUGGUCAUAGUUCGAGUUUUUUUUUUUAUGAGUAAAAAUUCAGUUCAUUCUCGAGCUUGAAAAUAAAAGUCUAUCCUUUCAUUGAAUGAAUAUCGUUAGCCUCCCAAAGGAUUUAAUUUACAUUUGGGCAGACACACUGAAAGUUUUUUCAAGCUUCAACGUAACAAAAAUUGUUUUACCAGCUUGACACGUUUUAUUUCGACGGUUUAAUGUGAUCAUUAUUAUUGCUAGCUUUAACCAUUCACCAUAAGCCUGCCAAUAGAACAAAUAUAUAAAGAUUAAUGCCAAGGUUGGCGAGAGCCGAUAUUUACUUAAUGUGAGCCUUUGUCACUCAAAGAUGAUUCCAGCUGCUAUACGACUUGUAUAAAUGAACUAACGAUUUGACCCCCAAGAGUGACUAACAUCUAAUUUCUCCUUACAUUAUCAUCAUUGAACUCUACAUUGAG